GCAGAGUCUUCGGAGAAGAGAUUCAGGAUGAACAGCUUUGUGUCAGACUUUGGAAAGCCCCUGGAGCCAGAUAAGGUGUUCUCUUCACAGGGCAAUGAGGAAUCCAGGUCCUUCUUUCACUGCUACAUCAGUGAAGCGGACCCCUUGGAGAGGGCCAAAGCUUGUCUCCAGACCACGGCCCUCGGCAGUGAAGUUCAUCUCCAGGAAGCCAUCAGAUGCAGUGGGCGGCCAGAGGAGGAGCUGAACAGGCUCAUGAAAUUCGACAUCCCCAACUUCGUCAACACCGACCAGAACUCCUUUGGGGAAGAUGAUCUCCUGAUUUCCGAAACACCUAUUGUUCUAGAAAAUAAGCCAGUGGUCCAGACCUCACACAAAGAGUUGGACUGAGAAGCACAUUUUAUCAGGUGUCUUCCUGAAAAUGCUGGGUUUGUCGUUGAAUAGCCAGAAAUCUCUGUUCAUCGAGAUUGUGUGUGUGUUUGUAUAUAAGAGACAGACAGAGAGAGAGGCAGAAAGACAGAGAAGAGAACCCCCUGAGAAGAAAGAUGGUGAAGCUGAGUUUUCAUGCCUUUAAACGUAUUUGGAACCUUUGGGGGAACCAAAUAUUUACACUAUCUCAUCUUCCUUGUUGAGAACUUGGUCACGUAUUCGGCGUCAGCGUUCACAAACGGGGUUUGAUGUGCUGCGUUUCCUGUCUGGCCCUGCCACUACCGUGCUCUACCUUUAGCAAGUUACUUUGAUUCUCUGGGAUGCCACCUUUUUAUCUGUAAGGUGAGGAGUCUGGAGUAGGUGAUCCAAUAAUUUGUGGACUUUUGACUUUGUAUUCACAUGAGGCUGGAAAUACCCAAAAUUAUAUAAACUAGAGGCUGCCCCCUGGUUCUUGUUAUAACAUUCCCCCAGGUCUGUACCUCUCUCUCAACCCUUAAUUGAACCCAACUUAUGUCAGGGGCUCGAGCAUCUCCCAGGAUGUCAAGAGACCUUGCCUCUCACGGUCACUGUGGCCAAAUUUAUAGCACUUUGCUAAAACAGCUCAAAUCUGAAGACAGCCCCCACACCCCAUGCCCCAAGGUGAGCACCUUAUAUGACAGUCCUAUCCCCCAAAUGUAUGGCAGGCUGUGAGCUGAGUCAAAGGAAGUGCGUUCUGUGUCCGUGUCAGUGUAGCUGUGAUUGGUCACCCUGCUGCGUCACUGGCUGGUGAACAAGCAGAGUGCUCUUUGCCAGGCUGUCUGAUGUGUGGGUGAUGGCUGUGUGGCUAGUGUGUAGCCUUGGAGGUGGGAUGGUGAAUGGGUUAUAAACACCCCAUCAACAGACAUUCCAGGCAACGCAAGGGUUAAUUUCAUGAAGGAAUGAAAUCUGCACAGUUUUGGAAAUGACUUUGUUUUGCACAGUCACAUUGCAUGCAUGGCCAGCUACUAAUCUCUUGGGUGGCAUUUUCAAUAUGGACUUUCAUUUACCACCUGUCUUGCUUAAACUGAAAAAUAAAGAGAUUUAUUGCACCAUAA